AUGGGUAAAUCGCAAUCAAAGCUUUCUCCUGCUCAGCUAGACGAAUUACAGAAGGUGACGCAUUUUGACAAGAAGGAACUGCAGCAAUGGUAUAAAGGCUUCCUUAAGGACUGCCCCUCCGGACACUUGACCAAGGAGGAAUUCCAGAAGAUCUACCGCCAGUUCUUCCCCUUUGGCGACCCCUCUGCCUUUGCCAAUUACGUGUUCCGCGUGUUCGAUGCAGAUAAUAGUGGCAUGAUCGAUUUCAAGGAGUUCAUCUGUGCAUUGUCGGUCACGUCUCGGGGGAAGAUGGAAGACAAGCUGGACUGGGCGUUCCAGCUUUACGAUAUCGAUGGUGAUGGGAAGAUCACAUACGAGGAAAUGUUGGCGAUCGUGGAGGCGAUUUACAAGAUGGUCGGCUCGAUGGUGAAACUACCGGAGGACGAAGACACGCCCGAGAAACGAGUCAAGAAGAUCUUCCGCAUGAUGGACAAGGAUGAAAACGGCAGUUUAGACCUUGAAGAGUUCAAGGAAGGCAGCAAACGAGAUGAGACGAUAGUGAGCGCUCUGUCGCUGUAUGAUGGGUUGGUGUAG